GCUACUCCCAUACCUCAAUUAUUCAAUCCAGAGGAUUUUUUGGCUACAGUUAGUACUGCUGGGCCUCAAUUAACCAUAGGGAUUAAAGGAGAUUGGGCUGGAUUGUACAAAAGAUUUUUCCGAACACCAAAUUUUUCAGGAUGGUUUAAUUUACGAUACUCAGAACUUACUCAUAAAUUACAAGCAUUACAGCUCGAAGCUUUAUCUCAUGCGGAUCUAAAAACAUGGGUCCAAGAUAAACAAGAAGUAGAAAUUAUUGACAUGAUUUUAAAAAUUCGGCAAAAAUUAGAAAUAAGUCAUAGUGAAGAUAUACCGACUACUCAAGCAGUGCGAGUAAGACUUAGCGAACGUUUGAAUGAUAUUACUCGAACACUGCCAGAUGAUUUAAAAGUUAUACUCAAACAUGAAUCUUGACAUUGCCAUUUUUAUCAAAUAAGUAUAAUAUUUUUUUUUAUAAUUCCAUUUACUUUAAGUAUGUUUUAUUUUUUGAGACGUAUUAUUUGAAGAAUAGAAAAUUGAUUUGUUAUAAAAAUAAGCGACAUCAUUUUAUAAGUUUUAUAAGCAUAUCGUUUGAAAAUACUACGUAGAUAUAUUAAAGUGUAAUUAUAUUUAGACAAAUUUUAUGAACAAUUGAGUAAAAUAAAGAAUCUUAAACUUGCAAUUUGUUCAAACAGCUUAGAGUCUAAGUAGACUUAAGACGUGAACAAAAUUCAAUAGAUUCAAUGAGGUUAACAAAAUUACUUGAAUAAAAAUUUUUAUAGAAACUA